AUGCAGCUAUCUUAUGAUACCAGAGGGAACAUUGUGCCAACGAUACUCUUGAUGAUGCAGAGUCACUUGUACAAUAGAGGAGGCUUGCGUGUAGAAGGAAUAUUCAGGAUAAAUGGUGAGAAUGGUCAAGAAGAGUACAUAAGAGAAGAGUUGAAUAAAGGUGUUAUACCUGAUAACAUCGAUGUCCAUUGCUUAGCAAGUCUCAUUAAGGGAACUUCCAAGUGGUGUGUUGGAUUCACUCUCAGCGGAGCACAGAUGGUGAAGAUGAGUGGAUUCACUCUCAGCGGAGCAAAGGCUUCUCUGUUAGAUUGGGCGAUCAAUCUAAUGGCUGAUGUUGUCGAGAUGGAACAUGUUAACAAGAUGAAUGCUCGCAACAUCGCUAUGGUUUUCGCUCCUAACAUGACUCAGAUGUUGGAUCCAUUGACGGCUCUAAUGUAUGCUGUGAAAGUCAUGAACUUUCUCAAGACACUUAUUGAGAAGACGCUUAAAGAUCGGAAAGAGUCACGAGAGAAGCUGAUUCCGGCUUCAAAUUCCGGUCACCGGGACCAUAAUGGUGAUCAGAGUAGUAGUAGACAGCUGUUGCAUCUCAUGAAAGCUAACAAGGAGGAAGCUUUAGAUAGCUCUGAGGCGGAAAUGAGAGACAAAGAAGACUACUCUGCAGAAGAAGAAGAGGAAGAAGAGUCUGCAGGAUAUAGAGAACUUGUUGGCAUAAAGAAGAAGAGUCUGGUUAAAAGCUGUAACAAUGGAGGAGGUUUUGGACAGAAACAGAGUGGUUGGAAUGAGCAUAGGAAGAAGACCAAGGUUUCGAAUGCGAGCAGUAUUGUGGGACGAGUGAAUUACAGAGUUGAGCUGUUCGAUGCUUGGCGAUGA